AUGAUCGCAUCGCAUCCGCGUGAAUCCAUCAGCUUCAGUUCUUUCUGGCGUGUCUGGCGCCAAGAGUUUGCCAACAUGAGGUUCCGACCCUCAAGCUCACACGCUCUAUGCUCGACCUGCCUGAGGCACAAGUUGCUCAUAAGAGAUAUGCAUCAGUACUUAUUUGCAAGGCAGCAGCAACAUGCGUUCUUUCAAGCUCACCUCAAAUCACAAUAUUUAGACCGUGUGCAAUACUGGGACUUGAGGGGUGUCUCUCGUCUCGCUUCCCCGUUUCAAGUGACUUUGAUCCUGGACGGUAUGGAUCAAUCUAAAUUCUGCUAUCCUCGGGGAGCUGUAUAUAUGGCGAAAGACUUGGCCACGCUACAGAGGCCACGGGCCCACAUCAGUGCUUUGAUCGCUCACGGGCAUUUUGUCCUCUUUGUGGUGAGCAGUGCUGACAUGCCCAAGGACAGCAACGCGUGCAUUGAGGUCACAGCUCAUGCACUGCAGCUCUUGUCAGAGAGAUUGGACUUGUCCAGAGUGACGCUGAACAUCCAAUCCGACAACACUACGAGGGAAGUCAAGAAUAAUCAUUAUCUUCGUUUUCUUGGGAUGCUUGUUAGCCACGGCGCCUUGCAUUGGAAGUGGCCCCACCUCGUGAAGAAAGCGAAGACCGCUAUAGGACCACCAGAGUUCAAGACCAUCAUUGAGACGUGGCUGAACAAGCAUCUUGAUCGGCCGUACGAAGCUGGGAGGCAUUGCGUGCUCCUAGAUCAAUGCAGAGAUUGGCGGGGCUUUUUGUCUGGCGGCGUGCCUGUUGGCAUUCGGGGCAUAGGGGGGCCAGGAGCCCCUCACGCUUUUUACUUUGACAGGAGGCAUGACCUUGGCGCGAACCAGGUGGUCGACAACGAAUACUGGGGUUUGGCCUGCCAUCGCGACGAUGUGAUCUUGAGGUGCAAGCAAUACAUGGCAGACACGAACUUCAACUUCUGUGCUACUUACUUCCCACGAGAGGUUGCUCGAGCCCGCCUUCCACUUGGGCUGCCAGCAGGGGUCGCAGACCGCAACCCUAUCUCAGACGAGUUCAAGCAGCAAUUGCUUAAACACCUGCCUGUGAUGCGGACCUACAAACUGCACGAGGCUGCGGUCUACUUAGAAGGUUGGGUGUUGGGCACACUUGAAUUGGAACCAUUGCUGAAUGUGAAAGCGUGCUUUGGAUUCGACUGGGCAGUCUUUUGCUGUUAG